AUGAGCUCUAUGGGUGAUGGUUUACCGGGGAAUCUGCAAUAUAUGCAUCCACAAGCCGGGUAUACGCAGCAACAGCAACAAAACCAUCAGCAGCAGCAAAGCCAGUACAGCAGUCAGCAGAGUCCUAGGGUGGCAGGAGCUCCACUGGAGCAACCUUCUGGUCCAGAUGGUGAUAACCAUGAAAAUUGGACCGCAUCGGCGUAUGGAGCUGGCACGAGACAAUCAAAACAGUUGUUGAACGCUUACAUAUACGAUUUUUUGAACAAAUCGUCAUUGGGCGAAACCGCCCGCGCUUUUGCAUUUGAGGCAGAUAUCGAAGAAAACGGACGGCGUCCUGGUGAUGGUGCGGCAUUCAUCCCGCAAAAUGAUGCUCCACAAGGUUUUUUAUAUGAAUGGUGGCAGAUCUUUUGGGACGUUUUCAACGCACGUACGCAUCGAGGCGGAUCUGAAAUAGCGCAGCAAUACUUUCAAUUGCAAUUCGAGUCUCGACGUCAGGAACACACAUAUCGUAAUAUGGCAAUGCAUGCAGCGCGUGUCCAGCAGCAAUUUGAACAACAAGGUGACUACCAGCAUGAAGUUUUUGACCCUGCCAUGGCAGCAAUUAUGUUUUCCGGGAGUGCGUAUGCUAUGCCACCUCAUAAGGAACCCCCAGAUUACAGAUCGGCCUACCCAGUGCAUAUGUAUAACAAUACGCGACCUAAGGGUCAAACGAAUAACACCGGGAUGCAGGCACCAGCGGCAAAUUCCGCGCAAGUACAAGCCCAAGCCCAGGCGCAAGCCCAUGCUCACGCUCAAGCCCAGGCACAAGCUCAAGCCCAGGCACAGGCGCAAGCCCGUGCGCAUGCUCAGGCUCAGGUUCAGGCAGUACAAGCUCAGGCACAAGCUCAAGCACAAGCCCAUGCCCAUGCUCAGGCUCAGGCUCAAGUUCAAGCCCAGGCCCAGGCCCAGGCUCAAGCUCAAGCUCAAUCCCAAGCCCAAGCCCAGGCGAACGUGCAUGGACAUGUGCAGGCAGCACAGGCACGAAUGCAACAAGUACAAGCGCAAGUACCGAAUGCACAAAUGCAGGAUCCGUAUUCGAGACAAGCUGUGUCCAUGCCCGCGACUCGUCAAUUCAAGCCGCAGGAUGUCCAGCAACUGCGUAAUCAACAGCAUGAACAACAGCAGCAACGACACCAGCAGCACCACCAACAGGAACAAUUUCACUCGCAAGCGUAUGCGCCUCAAAUGUUAUACGCACCGGGAAAUGAAGCUCUUAUGCCCGCCGGGGCUGGUCCCAUGUACAUUAGCAAUUCGGCAGGAGCUUCGCAAACCAAAGGACCUACACCUCAAUCAUAUGGCCAGCAACAAGCAAUGGUUCCCCCUCAAGUACAACCCACCCAAUCUAGUACAGAUGUUUCGUCAAGGCCGGCAGUCUCGCGCAAGAGAAGCAUGGAGAUGGAUGUGAGCAAACCCGACGUUCGUUUUUCGAGUACUGAGGGUCUUCAUUAUUAUCAAAAACAACUUUUAAUGUUAGAAAAAGAGAACGAAAAGGUAAUUUCUUACAACAAAUCAGCUGCAACUACGCCAGCAGGAAACUCGAACAUGGGUGCGCCCGUGGCGCCUUACGCAUUUAGCGCGUCGAGGAAAAGAAACUCACUUUCAGGGUACCCCAGUGCUUCUCCAGCCACACUUACUGCAGGAACAAGCCCGACAACGGGAACUAAGAUUCGUCCUGGGUCAGGUACACCGAUGGGCGGCGGCGGCAAAAGUUAUGCUUCUGAACCUGUCACGCCAAUUGGGCCCACAACGCCGGCAAAUGGGGACGCCAAUAACAGCAACAACAACACUAAUAUGGGCCCAAAGAAUAACGCAAGCAACAAUCUUAAUUUCAACAACAAUAUCGGGAAACCUCCUUUGUCAACGGUGGCAGAAAGCCCCUCUGAGGACCCGGAUAAUGUAAAGACCACUGCAAAGCGGUCUUCAAACAAAAAAAAGGCAAAAAAGGUGACUACUACCUCCACGAAACAGACCAUUUCAAGCAUACCGAAUUCUAAUACUGGUUCUGUUACGUCCCAUCAACCUCCAUCUCCGCAGCUUGAUGGAAUUUUGGACGUCCGGCAUGCAAGGAAAGUAUCGCGGGGAAGGCCUAAAAAAUCGGUCUACGCCUUCAAGGCGAAUCGUUUGGCGCUGUCCGCGGGCACUACACCUUUGACGACUGAGGAUGUGCUACCUGGCAGCACUAGCAGCAACGAGACGGGUAGCAACAAUGGGAUUUUCCCCAAUUCGGUUGCGACGGAUCCAACGCCGCAGACGGAUUUUGAGCCUUUAAAUCGCACAGAUCCAACGCUAGGUGCGACAGCCUACGACUUUGAUGACGAAGACCUUUUCAAUCUAAAUCUAGGGCUUAUUGACAGAUCCGCCUCGCAGGAGAAAUUGCAACUGACACCUGGUGAGUCGAACGCCAGUUCGACUCUCCAUCGGUCUCAGUCACACCCGCUACAAUCAAACGCGCACAAUGAAACGACCAAGGAACGGCAACCGCAACCUCAGACCCAGCCUCAAGCACAACCUCAGGCCCAACAGCAACCUCAAACGCAAUUGUCACAGUCAAAAUCGCAGUCACAAUCACAGUCGCAGUCCCAACAGCAGGCCCGGCAUGAAGAUGCUUCGAAUCAGAACGUUUCUCAAUCGCACAUCGAUGAGCCAUACAAUCUCGAUUUCCUCGAUUCUCAAGCUAACGUGAACUACAACGAUCUCAACCUCUUGGGCUGGCAGUGA